AUGGGUCAAGAGUGGUCUCUAAAGCCUCUCGUUAUUGUGUUUGUGCUGUUGAGUAGAGUGUCCACUUUCUCUAUUGUGAGGCAUCCAGAACGUUUCAACGAGCAGCUGAUCAACUACAAGGGUCGUGCCGAGUCGGGUGGGUUCUUCGAGCUCGCCAGCGAAGGCUACUACACUGGGGCGUUCGAUCCGAUAUUUGACACAAACAAUGAAACAUCGUCCUGCGCGGCGCAAGAUUGCACCCCGGAGCGAGAUUCUGAGCUUGCCGCAAUAAAUCGCAUCCGGAGACGCGUCGAUCCGACGUUCUACGGAAACCCGAAAACUCGCGAGCAGAUCUGGGAACGUAAUUUCGCACACGUCAUCAUGGACAACCGUCAGACGAUGUCGCUUGUGUCGCUGUUGAACAAAAUCAUCCUAAAGUACUUGUACAGCUGCAUACCGAUCGUGCUAUAUGACACAUACGUCGGUAGCACUGAGAACUAUAUCUUAGAAGCGCUGUUCACGAACUUCCCGACGACCUACAUCACGGGACGAAUCGGGCCAAACUACACACUGGACAAUCCGGACAUACUGAACCCCUCAGGAUCGCAGUGUCGCAGUUAUAUCAUGUUCCUUGCCGACGUCAUGAUGACGCGCAAGGUUAUCGGUCCGCAGUUGAACAGCUACGUCGUGCUGAUUCCUCGCUCCAGCCAGUGGAAGCUACAGGAGUUCCUGGCCGCAAAACAGUCACGCGAUAUCAUCAACCUACUUGUGAUCGGCGAAUCGUACUCGGUCGACAAGCGAAUCAACAACGAGCAACCGUACGUGCUCUAUACCCACGAACUGUACGUGGACGGUCUCGGUGCUAACCGGCCGCAGGUGCUUACGUCCUGGAUCGGGAACAAGUUUUCGCGGAACAAUGUGAACCUUUUUCCACCGAAGCUGCGCAAAGGAUUCGCCGGGCAUCGGUUUACGGUGAUGGCUGCCCAUCAGCCACCGUAUGUUAUCAAGCGGUUGAUAACGGACGGUGUGGGAAAUGUGAACAUACGCUGGGAGGGUCUCGAGAUUCGAAUAUUGCGCACGUUGUCUAUGUACCAGAAUUUUACCUUCGAUAUUGUCGAACCCUCGAAACCUCAGUUGGGCUCCGGCGAUGCGGUCGUGGACGAGAUCCAACGGAAACAGGGAGACAUAGGGCUUGCUGGCAUCUUCGUAUCGAUCGAGCGAAAUCUCGUCACGGACAUGUCCGUCUCCCAUUCAACCGACUGUGCCGCCUUCCUCACACUAAUGUCCAGUGCCCUGCCGAGAUACCGUGCCAUUCUAGGACCUUUCCAGUGGCCAGUAUGGGUUGCAAUCAUCUUCAUCUAUCUGCUGGCCAUCUUCCCCCUUGCCUUCUCGGACAAAAUGACGCUUCGCCAUCUGCUCGGAAACUGGAGCGAGAUCGAGAACAUGUUCUGGUACGUGUUCGGUACCUUCACGAACAGUCUAACGUUCCAGGGUGAAAACUCCUGGAGCAACACAAAGAAGGCUUCGACACGCAUGCUCAUCGGUAUCUACUGGUUGUUCACGAUCAUCAUAACCGCUUGCUAUACGGGUUCGAUUAUCGCCUUCAUCACUUUGCCGGUGGAACCGGAGCGUGUGGACAGCGUGCAGCAAUUGAGCCGAGGCUUUUACCGCAUUGGCACGCUCGACCGAGGCGGCUGGGAACGAUGGUUCCUGAACUCAAGCCACAAGGCGACCAACAAUUUGCUGAAGGACAUCCGAUAUGUUAGCAGCGUCGAUGAAGGUGUAAGGAAUGUUACUGGAGCGUUCCUGAUAUCGUACGCAUUCAUCGGAUCAAAGGCGGAAUUAGAGUUUCUGGUGAAAUCGAACCUUUCACAUCAGUUCACCAACAAACGCUACGGAUUACACGUGAGCCGUGAAUGCUUCGCCCUGUACGGUGUUUCUAUCACUUUCCCGCCGAAUUCCGUCCACCGCGACCCGAUCAACAACGCCAUCCUGUACAUGCAGGAGGUCGGUCUUAUCAAAAAGCUUAGCCGGGAUGUGGCGUGGGAAACGGUAAAAACGAAGGACGGACGGUUUCGGGAGGCAUCCGUAGGUGAUGUCCUGCGAUCCACCGCUCCGGAAGAGCGCGGCCUCACGCUGGCCGAUACCGAGGGCAUGUUUCUGCUAAUGCUGUUCGGGUACGUGGUGGCCCUCGGGGUACUGAUCUCCGAGUGGGUCGGCGGGUGCACGAACAAAUGUCGGGAAAUACUUAAGGAACGUGCCGAACGGCUACAGGCGGCCGCUGCCGGUGAUGACCCAACGUCGGUGCCACGUUCAACCACCUCCUCCGCGAAGGAAGAUACACCCCGUAAUGGCCGCAAUGGUGGCAGGGAGUUCACUCUCAGCGGAGACACCAACGCGCGAGCAGCCCGCCGGAUUCAGCUAACCAAGGAACAUCCCAACGACGUAAAUGAAACCGGGUCGGAUGGACGCAGCGAUUGUUCGUCGGUACACAAGCGUAGCCUUUCCGAAUGCCUGUCCGAGGUGAGCUCGCACACGAUGCAGGAUCUGUACAAUGGACCAGACCGACGCCAUUCAACCAUCGUUUUCAUCGAGGGGCAGCUGAUGUCCGAAGAGGAAGCCCAGAGGACGGUCGCGCGAAAUAAGGGCAAACACCGGCAUAGCCUCAGUUCGGUAGUGGAACGUGAGGUUGGACAGAUGUUCAAGUUCCUGGACAGUGGUUCGUCUGUAUCGGGUGAAGGAACCAGCGGCCUGACACACAGAGGGCCACGAGUCCGAAACGAUGUGGAAGUGAUGGCUGAGAUCAAUGCGCGUGCCCUCGUAGACACAGGAAAUACCUUGACGGUGCCAAGACGAAGUAUUGAGGCUACAUUUGGAGAGAAGCUUCUUCAUUAA